AUGGAAGCAGCGGAGGAAACUCUCACUUACCUCCAUGACACCGGACUUCACAGGAAGCUGCUGCCAGGGGACAAGGGGGACAACAAGAAGAAGACGGAGCUGGAGGACAUUAAAGGCCACGAGUCCAACUAUGUGGAUCUGGACAUGAAACCGGAGAGCGCAAAAACUGUGAAAGUGACUUUUACCGGCGAGGGGAACCAGCUGUCUGUCAUCAAAAGCGACGGCUCGAAGCAGGGCACCGGGGACGAGCAGGGUGAGCCCCCCCCGGAGACCCGACUUCCAGACUCCGACCAGGGCUCAGAGAUCCAGGACGAGCUCCAGGACGAGCUCGACCCGAGCGACUGCAGCGAGCAUGUGGACGAGCUCCAGUACACCGACAUGUACCUGAACAGCAAGACCGAGUCGGACGACGGGGCCAGCGGCGUGCCGUCCGACCACAGCGGCUCGGACACCGUGGAGGACGAGUCCCACUACAUCACCACACACGAGAUCCAGCUGACCGAGCUGGACCACGACGUGGACUACGACCCGGGCCGCGGCACCUGCUGGGAGUUCGAGGACGACAACCUGGUCUACUCCUUUGUGGAUUACGCGUCGUUUGAGAGCGAUGAGACGCAGGAGGGGACCCUGGUCGUGGAGGGCAGGAGCCAGGGCAACCCGGGGGCUAAUCUGGGGGGGGCGGCUGUCAGCACCGAGCAGGAGGAAAGUGAUCUGUGCGCCAGCUCUGAUGAAAGCCUGUGCAACAAACUCCAAAGCGGAGACGCAAAUACUGGGAAAAUCCAUCUCUCCAUAAAAGCCACGUCCAGAGCAGUGCCCGAGCAGGUCAGGGUCCCGGAGAGCCACUUCUCGUUUGUUGGCCCCGGAGCCAGAGCCGGGCCCCUGAGCGACAGGAACCCAUAUUUCAUCCCCGCGCCGGGACGUCAGCACCUUGCGACCAAACUGAGACGGAAUGAGUAUUCGAGCGGAGCCUCCAGCUCCAUUAGCGAGCUGGAUGACGCGGAUAAAGAGGUGCGUAAUUUAACCGCCAAGUCUUUCCGCAGUCUGGCAUGUCCAUACUUCGAUGCCAUUAAUCUUAGCACCUCCAGCGAGUCCUCCAUGUCGGAAUACGGGCUAAAUAAAUGGUCAGCCUACGUGGACUGGAAUUAUGGAAACAUAUCCCGGGGGGGAGAGCGCAGCGUAAUUGCGCACAAGACGUCCAGUGCAACACUGGAAAUGAAGAACACUGUGGAGAGUAAGAGACACGAUGAGUCCACUGCAGACACGAAAUCACCCCAAAGCAAAAUGUACGCACUGAACAAGAGGACGACUUUUCAACAAGCUUCCAGCAAAAAGAUCCAAGUGAAAGAUCCAGUGCAGCCAGAGCAGCGAGGAGUGACGCUGAACUUCCACUGUAAUGUUGAAGCUCCUGAAGGCACCAGGCGUCCAAAAUGCUCUAAGAACCCACGAUCCACCGAGGACAGAUCAGGGUGUGACAUGCAGUGUCAUCUCACCGAGAGCCCGGGGGACACGCACAAAAGAGCCGUUUUUGCAUCAAGUUUGUUGAAAAACGUGAUUUCCAAGAAGAUGCAGUUUGAGAAGGAGCGCGAAAUGGAGAGGGGCGACAGACUGAUCCGUGACAGGCAGAGGAGCCUGGGAAGAGGCCUGCAAAGACAAAGCUCAGAGUCGGGCUCAGGACUGAGUGUUGAUGAUCAGCACAUGGAGGGCAGCAGACCCAGUUCCUGUGGUUCUGCCGACGAACUGAGAACCAACAGAGCCCCAGAGGAGUCAGAAAAGGGACAACAUGAGUGUCCAAAGUCAUCACUCAACCACAGUGAGAGCAGUGCAUUCAAUUCACUGAAAGCAGAUGAGCCAGAACCGGUGAAGGAGGCUGAGCCCGCAGCAAAGGAAGGAUUAGACACCAGCAGCAUGCUGACAAAACUGCUUUUUGUUCCAAGCUACCAGCUUCACUCAAAAGAGAAGGGUUCUGCAGAAGACAUGAGCCACACACCUGCCUCAGGCACAGCGGCCGGCCUGCAGAACUUUGAAAAAGAUGAAAUUGGAAAGGGGGGGAAACCGCCUGAGUUCAAAAUACGCCUGAGAACCGUGAAAGAGAAUAAAGGUUGCACAUUGAAUAUUGCCAGCCUGUUAACCCCUAAAAUAAGUUACAACUCUGUCAACACGCUCAGGGCAGCAGGAGAAGCUAAAUGCCACAUUGUAUCUGCCACGGAUAAAAUGCCAACCUUCACAGUCAGAGACAUAAGAGACACCAAAUGCAAGUUUCAAAUGCCGAUAUAUCGUGUCAGGGAUGUGCGUAAACUGGUAAAAAGCUCAUAUCGCUUUGUGUCCCUGGAUAAUAGUGAGAGUAAAGGUACCACAGCAGCGGAUAAACUUGAGGAAAAGGGCAAAACGGAGCCAGUGAAACAGUUAUCACCAUCUCCGAUUGUGAUCAAAUUUCACUCUGUGAAGACAAAUGUUAAAUCACAGGCAACCGAGGGGUCACAGACCCACACGGAGACAUGUGACAUAGCUCAAAGUGAACAUGCACCAUCCCAUUGCGUGACGAGCAGGGUGCAACCUAGCGUUUCCAAGCAGCCACACGCUGACCCAAACGAGCCCACGAUACCAAAGCAGGCUGCGAUAGAGAAGCUGAGAGCUGCAGUCAAAACCAUGGAGCAGCUCUAUGUGUUCGAUAGAAACGAAUGGAAGCGUAAAACUCAAGCUCCACAGCCCAUCACUGAAAGUCACGUGCGCUCGUUUAUAGCCAGAGAAGAGCAGGAAGGAGAACAUCUGGAGGCCCAGAACACCAACAGGAUGCCUCAGGUCACAGAAACAGAUGUAAUUGCGGUCCCAUUUAACAAUGACACUUUUAAAACACAAUCCCAGCAGAGUCAAACAUUUAGCAAUAAAAGCGUCCUUCAUCUCGGCAACGGCAACCAGGCACGUGUCAGCAUCAGUUCAGUCAGGAACUCUAUUCCACAAAGCUCUGCGCCGCAAACAUCGUCGACUAUGAAAAGCUCCCGGGCACCGGCGGCUCCACUGUCGGUGAGAAUCGAGCCCCCGAAACACGUCCAGGUGCAGCAGGGAAAGGUCAAAAUCAUUCCCACUAAUCCCACUGUCACACAGGGCUGCCCAGACUCCGAGAACUACCUAACCAUCCCGGGGAUGGGGUACACGAGUGAAAUCAAACUCUCAAAGGAGGGGAGUCAAGCCCACACAGGUGACGGCAACAUACCUGAGCGGAAAAGGUCACCGUUAAUCAUGGAGUACCCGGCUGCGAGCAUCUACCAUCACCCUGCAGCGGCAACCACGACAGGGCCGCAAUCCCCCCAGCAGGUGUUGUGCUUCUCCCCCACUGCGUCUUCCAUCAGGGAGGCCGGCCCACAGACCCAGCGCAAGAUGCUUUUGGACCCCACGACAGGACAUUAUUACAUGGUGGACACUCCCAUACAGGCCACCACCAAGCGACUGUUUGACCCCGAGACAGGCCAUUAUGUGGACGUACCCAUGACCCAUUCACCAGCAUCCCCUGUCACCCCUGUGCCUCUCUGCUUGUCCCCCCUGACAUUGACCCCAGGAGCGUUCGCCCCCAGCUACAUGAUCUACCCGAGCUUCAUCCCCUCGCCAACUCUCCAGGCUCAGGCCGCGCCGCCACAGUCGCCGUGCCAGUCCGAGGAGGCAGGCGGGUACAAGAUGAAAAACGCCAGAAGUCCGAGGCUGGAAACGAACACGACAGGUGCGGAGAGCGUGUAUUACACUGCGACGGGGGGGGCUCCUCCGCAGGGGCCGCUGCAGCUACCUGUGAGUUUGGGACACUUGACCAGCAGAGGAGGCGGAGCGAGCUCAGACAGGAAGCCGGUCAUCAGCAUCACGACGCAACAAGGUCCAAGAAUCAUCGCCCCUCCUUCCUUUGACGGAACAACGAUGAGCUUUGUAGUGGAGCAUCGGUGA